UACGCAUUUUCCGUUAUACAAAUCGUGACGUAAUAUAUAUUAUACUUGUUCUGUACCAAAAUCAGAACAAAAUCACGUUUUUCUCUCUUUCCCUCUCCAAUCCAUCGUAAUGUCGCUUGAAUUCUCCAUAACAUUAUAAUUGCUAUUUCCCUUUCUCAAAUGAAAACUAUGUUUUUCAUUGUUGCACUGGCCAGCCUUAUUUCUGUCUUCACUUUAAGUUCUAUAUUUCAGAAUCUCCGUGUUUUGGGACCUGGUUUAAGCUUUUGAAAGAUCUACACCCUUUUAGUAUUGAUUUCCCCCACUCUAUUUGCUGCCGCACAAUGUAAAACUCUAACAUUUGGAGCUGGCCUUUACCCCGGCAAAAUUUCUAUCCUUUUUCCUUUUAUAUGCUACCUAUAAUGUAGAACCCUGAGUUUUGAUACCUGGUUUAAGCUCUUAAAAAACUUCCCUUUUUAUGCUCUUUAUUUGGUGCUCCAUAAUGUAAACGCGUUUUGAAACCUGUAAUUUUGAGGGUAAAAAAGAAAAAUGCCAUCUUUGUUAAUAAGGAAAUAUUUGAAGGGCACAGAUGAUGAUGUUUACAGGGAUGACCGGGGAUGGACUCCUCUUCAUAUUGCUGCGCGUAAAGGCGAUCUUAAAGAGGUUAAGCGGAUCCUGGAUGAUGGGGGAAAUGUGAAUGAACCUGCAUAUGGUCCAAAAUCUCUUGGGGUUACUCCCCUGCAUCUUGCUGCCUCUGGAGGGCACAUAAAGAUCAUGGAAGAAUUACUAGAGCAUGGUGCUAACAUAGAUGCUCGUACAAAGGGAGUUUGUGGGUGGACUCCUCUACACAAUGCUGCAAAGGAAAGGAAAAAGAAGGCAAUUCGAUUUUUGAUUGAAAAUGGUGCUUUUCUGCCUUCCGAUAUAAAUGACGGGAGAUUCAACCCAUCCCUGCACUACUGUCCAGGGCUUGAGUUGGCCUACAAAAUCAAAGACAAGCUCAGCUCAUCUGCUGUUUCUUAGAAAACGUGACUAAGAAGUCUCAAAGAAAACGAACAAGUCUCGAUGUUUCUCUUGCUGUAAAUUGCUCCCAUCUGCCGACUUUUAGAGGUUAUGUUUUGAUACGAAUAACUUUUAGGAUGUCCAUCUUUUACAGAAGAGGCUAUGUAUUCUUGAUUGUGAAAUUUAUGUAACCACGACUUAGGUAUAAUAUAGUCUAGUUGGGUCUUGUUCAGUCUUUAGGUUUUUUGGAGAUGUUUUAGAUAUUUUUUUUGAGGCUGAGCUAUUUCUAUCAUAGUUUACCAUCUUUAGUUGCUUUGGAUCUCAAAUGGUCAUUCAUACAUAAAUAGGAAGGAGUUUCUGAUGUUAAUCUCUGGAGAGCAUUAAAGAGAUUUCUAAUGUGUCUUGUGCAUGUUGAUCUCCAAGCACUCUAAGUGUCUUUCAACCAGUCUUUGUAAAUAUUUAUGUAUACAUAAGGGUUUUCUGAAAAAAAAGUGUUGUAUCCACGGUAUGUAGUCUCA